ACCAAAGUGGAAAUCUGGAUUGAUGCUGAUGUGAGGAACUGGUAUCGAAGACAGUAGCCACACACAGGAGGUCCCACUGCAUGAGGAAAAUGAAGUUUUAAAAAUAUACGCUCACUUACUGCGACUUAUAACGUUCUGACACCUUAACAGGACAUAACUGACCCUCCUUACCAGUUUAUUGGGUCUGUAUUGUUUUCUUUUGCAACAUUCUCCUAUUGAGAAUUAAGGAAACAUAUACAAUACCCUGCAAUGACUCUUAUGAUUAGGUUUACGUGUUUUCUUGUGAAAAUAUUUGAUGAUAAAAAUAAUUUUCAUUUUUGCAAGUUAAAAUAAGAGGGAGUCUGUAUUUUUGACAUUUCUAACCAUUAGAUUUUGGUCAGUUCCAGUGUGUGUCGGCAGAGGUCGCUGUUUGCCUGAGCUCACUGUAAACCACUUGGGCGUUAUCAAACCUGCUCAAUCGAUAAUCGGGACCAGCCCGGUUUAAAUGGACCGCUCGCUCCAGAGGCUUUUAGUCUGAGACGCGGACGGGCUCUCGGCCGGUUCCGAAGCGGGAGAGAACUCCGCGCGGGCGUUAAUGUUGCGGGCGUGUAAUGGGUUAACGGCGAAAGGCCUCGCCUCACCUUUCCGUGCGCGUCACUCGGAUAUGUAAAGUGGCUCCACCAUCCACACACACAGCGUGGAAAUCAGCGCGUCUCGCCUCGGUCGCAUCAGCAUCAGCAUCACCUCAGCCUUCAGAACCACGGGACAAACACGGAACCAUGAAGGAUCGCAUGCAGGAACUUCGACACGGGAAGGAGACGACAGAGGAGGAGGAUGAAGUCGCUGUGGGCAUGGACAAAGGCUUUAUGGACGAAUUCUUUGAGCAGGUGGAAGAGAUCCGCAGUUUCAUCGAGUCUCUGGCAGAAAAAGUUGAAGAGGUGAAGAGGAAGCAUAGUGCCAUCCUCGCCUCACCAAAUCCAGAUGAAAAAACCAAGGUUGAACUCGAGGAUCUCAUGGCAGAAAUCAAAAAGCUGGCCAACAAAGUGCGCUCUAAAUUAAAGAGUAUCCAGCAAACCAUUGAACAAGAGGAGGGGCAGAACAGGUCAUCAGCUGACCUGAGGAUACGCAAAACACAGCACUCCACUCUGUCCCGCAAAUUUGUGGAGGUGAUGUCAGAAUACAAUACCACCCAGUCAGACUACAGGGAGCGCUGCAAGGGACGCAUUCAGAGGCAGCUGGAGAUCACUGGGAGAAAUACAACAAAUGAAGAGCUGGAGAGCAUGUUGGAGAGCGACAACCCAGCUAUCUUUACCUCGGGGAUUAUCAUGGACAACAUCACCCAGCAAGCAAUGAAUGAGAUCGAGACGCGACACAAUGAGAUUAUCAAGCUGGAAAACAGCAUCAGAGAGCUUCACGACAUGUUUAUGGACAUGGCCAUGCUGGUGGAGAGCCAGGGCGAUCUGGUAAACUGCAUUGAGCGGUGUGUUGUGGAGGCCCUGGAUUAUGUGGAGGAGGCGAAAGACCGCAUCCCACAAUGCAAAAAAUUCCAAAAAACAAGCAAACGGAAGGUGCUCCUGAUAGGAGGCUGUGUUGCCGUGUGUCUGAUCAUCCUCAUUAUUUCCCUCGCAGUGGGACUCAGUUAGGAUCCUGACAAAUCUUUGCCCAGCAUACAAGAGGGGGAGCGAAGCUUCCGAAUAGUGAUUGCCAAACAAACACACCAUUAACUGUUCAAAUGAUAUGGCUCCACAUUUUUCCACCAGGAUGCUGCAUGAGCACUCAAAUGUUGUACAUAGACUUCUGAUUGUAUUAUAUAUGUGACAGUGGUGUAUUUUUUAUAUAUAUUCUGGCAUGGCUUGUAUAUUUUUCUCUUUUGCAUGUUCUAUUGUGCACAUUUGAAAGUGUGCACCCCAUCAUACAGGCCACAUCUGUAACUGAAAACUAGAAUUUUGUUUUUUUUGAUCACAUAUGGAUCUGAUCCAUUUUUUUUAAUAGACAGUAAAUGUCAGAUAGCGCUAAACUUUGGCAUAUGUAAAAUGGAUGUCAAAUUUGGUUUACUGUGGACCACUUCACCAAAGUUUUCACAAGACUGCUAAGUUUUAAACCAUGCCCUAAAAUCUCUACACAAUCAUCUGCUUUAUUUUUCUUGAGGUUCUGCUCAUACCCCCAAAAAUACAUGUAUUAAAUGCAAAUUUGGCCUUCUUUUUCCUUAAUAUGUUCAUAAUGAAAUGUCAAAAAGUAAAACUAAAAUAGAUAAAUUAUAACCUAAUAAUAAGAAUGUGUUGGAUUUUCUGCGCUUUUCCAGAUGCUCAAAGCAUUUUUAAUGUCCAUUAUUCAUUCACUCCUUAUUAAUACUUGGUAAUAGUAGCUACUGGUGCAGCCUCAGCUGCCCUGGGGCAGACUGACAGAGGUGUGGCUGUUUAAAAGUUGCAGUUGUUUGAAUUUGUUCUCAGUUUUCUUUGUUUUGCCGCCUCUCUUCACAGUUUUCCUGCUCCUUUUUUAACUUGCAUCGUGUUCGCUUCCCACUCUGUUCCAGUUCAGUGAGAGCAAAAAGUGUUGUCCAAAAAAUAUCUUUUAAAACUGAUGGCCACUAAAGAAACUUGCCCAUUAAUGACAUUUCAUUAAAAAAAUAUGGACAGGAGUAAAGUUUGACAAUAUUUUCAUUCAUUUUUUCCCCAAGAAGCACUAAAUUCUUUACAUCAUUAGUCAAUUUGUGAAAUUUAAAAAAUAGUUUUAUUGCAAUUAAAAUGUAAAAGUUAUUCUACAGUUAGGCAAAAAGCAUACUUUUUGUAUUUUUUUUAAUCAACUAAAUUGCUUUGAUACUGCAGUCUGUUUUCAUAAGUUGCAUGUUUUGCAGCUUUUUAUUUUUGCAAUGUCGUGUUUAUGUGUUUUACUGACAUGGAACGCUUACUUGUGCUUUGAAAAAUUACGCUUUUUUAUAAUAGUUUUUUUGGAGUGAAAAACUAAUUUUGAAUAACUGAAAUAACACUUUAGUAUAUCGUAUGUGAAAAAGUGAAGGUUAAAUUCUGUGUCUAACAUGUUCUCUUUUGCCUUUUAUUUGCUGCGCUGGAGGAUCUUUUUCUCCCUUAUUUUCAUUUUACUGCUGCAACUCUGUAGAAGAAAAUUAUGAUCAUUAUAUGCUGUGUGAUUCUUGGAAUUGUCAUUGCUUCCAUAGUUGGGGGAACGCUGGCCUAGAGGUCAAGCGCAGGCACGUGGAAACACACACAAACAUACACAACACAGCACAUUUCUCCUUCAACAAAUGCAAUCUAUUCCAAGUUUAGCACAAACCGCAUCACAUAAUGAUGCAUUUUACACACAGUGUACAGGGCCAGGGUUGUUCUCGCAUGGGUUGCUACUUUGUAAACGUGUGGUGCUGCAAACUGUUCUCUGAGUGUUGAGUGUUGUCAAAGAUACGAUGUUUUCUUGAGCGAAAAAAGCUACAAAAUAAUCUGUAAUGCCGCCGUGAAACAUUCCAACGUGAAAAUAUGACACCUGAUUGGCUUUUCAAGUGUUUUCUUUUUUGUGUGUUGUACAGGCAAAGUGACAGGUCACUAAUCGAAAGUGUUUUUCACAACCACCUUAUCCACAGAUUUAUUUAUUUAUUUGAACUUUUGUAGUCUUUUUACUUUUUACUCCCUCUGAUGUCCUCCCUGCCGAAGCCCUGCAUGUUUUUAUUCACUGUAAAAUGGCGUUUUGUACUAUGUUGCAAAGGGAACACAACAAAAAGAACCCAGUUGUACUGAUGUAGUUUUGUGUUUUUUUUAUGCUCUUUGCCAAAUUUGCUUUGCUUACCCCCUAAAAAUGAUGGAAGCUGUGCUGCUGUACCACUUUUCAUUAAGCCUUAUCAGUUGAGCAGCAUUUUCCAGCCGUUUUCCCAGUGAGUGCGAACGAGUGCAUGCACACAUGCAUGUUUGUGAAAGAGAGUGUUCUGUGGCCACGUGUCUGAAUGCUGUGGAUGAGUCUUCGGAUGAAAUCAGUCCUAGUUUAACCACCUGUGUCUUUGUAUUGUAAACUGCCACCGAGCUCUUUAACACUGCCAGUGUGUUCCAGUCAAACAGAGUCUAAUCUGGUUGGACAAGUAAUCCUAAUCUAAAAACCCACUUCUGUUUUUUUUGUUUUUUUUUAAAUUAAUGUUUUGAUGAUAAGUCCUAAGCUUUAAAAAGUACGCAUUUUUUCAAUAAAGUUUGCUCCUUGUCAGUUCUUAGAGUUAUUUGGGGUCUCUUAAGGUGAGUUAGAGUAGCCCUGUAAAGGCUUGUGGAUCCGCUUUUGGGGGACACAUCCGAAGUGGACUCACUUCAGCCCUGUUACCAUGUUGCCUACUCAACUUGUUGCCUUUGUGUUGUACUGUGAUAACAGAUCUGUUGCAUUGGAUUUUUUUUCUUUUUGUUUUCUUUUUCAAAGUAAAGUCUGUCUAAAAAAAAAAA